ACUUUCCCAUAUAAGCCGUUUUUACCCACUACACACCAAUUCCUACAUGUACUUAUUUUGUUUGGCUAUUUCAAUUGUGAGUUGCCUCAGUCAAUUGGCAGUUUGAAACAUCUACGGCUUCUUGAUCUCACUGGGUGGAGGGAUAUGGUGAGGUUACCUGAUUCAAUUACAAGUUUGUACAAUUUACAAACGUUGAUCCUAAGCGAGUGCGACUGUCUUAGAGAGUUGCCUAAAGAUCUGGGUGACCUUGUCAACCUUCGCCAUCUCAUUCUCCCCGGCAAAUAUCCAAUGAUGCAUAAAAUGCCAUUGCAAUUUGGAAAUUUGACUAAUCUUCAAACGUUAACUGAAUUCAGUAUGGGCUUACAUACUAGUGACUCUAGUAGCAUUAGAGAGUUGAGGGACUUGUCGCAACUCCGAGGGACCCUAAGAAUUUCAAAAUUGGAAAAUGUAAGCAAUACUGGGACAGAUGCCAUGGAGGCCAAUUUAAAGAAUAAGCCACACCUUCGUGAGUUAGGGUUGUGCUGGAGUUAUUAUGGAAGCAAGGAUAGAUUUCCAGAUUCACGAGAUGAAAAAGUUGAGGAGAGUGUACUUGACCAACUGCAACCUCAUACCAAUCUUGAAAUGUUAAGAAUUGUUAAUUAUGGUGGUGCAAGAUUUCCAAGUUGGGUAGGCCACCAUUCCUUCUCUAACUUAGUGGCUGUGAUACUCAGUAGUUGUCAUAAAUGUGUGGUCUUGCCUUAUUUACGACAACUACCCUCUCUCAAACACCUCAUGAUCGACAGUUGCAAUGCAGUAAAAUUGACAUGUAAUGAAUCUUAUAGGGAUCAUUCAUCAGUUAAUAAGCAGUUCCGGUCAUUGGAGACACUGGUGAUUUGUGUUAUGACCGAAUGGGAGGAUUGGUCCGAGGUGGUUGAAGAAGAACAGGAUGGAGAAGAAUUCCCUUGCCUGCAUAAGCUGACGAUAAGAAAUUGCCCCAAGCUGAGGAGGGUCUCUCACCGCUUUUCUAGCCUCGGAACAAUGACAAUAGAAAAAUGUAAUGAACUAAGAGAACUCCCCAAGCUCCUUCCUUCAUUGCAACAGCUCAGGAUAGAAAAAUGUGAAAAAUUAGCUGUCCUUCCGAGCUUUCCAUCCAUUCAAAAGUUGGCGUUGGAGGCAUGUCACCAGAUUACAACAUUGUCAUCAUCCGACUCUUAG